CAAUUAUGAUUUGGCAUGGUAAUUAAACAGUCUGGAGAUGACACAGAUGACAUAAGACAGUUGAGAGCCAGUCAGUGCUUGAAGAUGUCAUUGUCCAUGGUGGUGGAGUGGAAACGUUGCCUGCCCGUUGCGCUGGCCGCUUUGCUCAUUGUUGGCUGCGUGCGUGGCUUGCCACAAGGUGCACCGGAAACGGUAUGCGACACAAUGCUGCCGUUCCAUGCCGGCGGCACGGUGCUGCCCGAGAACAGUGUCUCCCCCUUCACCGUUGAGACAUCCAGCUCGGUGGUCGGUCAGGGCCAAACAUUGCGCGUCAGUGUGUCCGGUGUGCCGGCGGGUCUCAACUUUGGCGGCUUCAUGAUUCAAGCGCGCAAUCGCAAUCCCCCCUACCAAAUUGUCGGCCAGUUCAGUCCGUCGCGCGAUGGCACCGUCAAGCUGAUGAACUGUGAGAACUCCGUCAACAAUUCGGCGACGCACAGCAAUGCGGGUCCCAAGCCGCAAGUCAGCAUCGACUGGCAAUCACCGGUCGAUUUUCUGGGUCAAGUGGUCUUCAACACGACAAUUGCUCAGUCGUACAAUCAGUUCUGGGUAGGCGUACCCUCGAAUCCUGUGCAGGUGGUGCGACGUGAUGUCUCUGCAGCAGUGCCGCUGCCCACACCCAAUCCGCCAAACAAUUUCAAUGUGAACUUUGCGAGCACUCGAUCACCAUACGUGCCGCCCAACUAUGUGGCGCCGAAUGUGCUGCCCGCCAGCGAGGAUACCUUCUACGAUGGCUGUGGUCAGAGCAAGAACUGCUUUGGUUUUCCCGACGGUUGCGUUGCCAGCAAAUCCUGCGUCUCCCUCACAGCGGUGACCGUGCGUGGAGAUAUCUACGAGUUCGAGCUACGCUCAGGCAAGGGCACCAAUGCCGCUUAUGUGGCUGUUGGUCUGUCGGAUGAUGCCAAAAUGGGUGAGGAUCUGAGCACCGAGUGUGUGCCCGAAAAUGGACGCGUUAAUGUGUACACGUCGUACACCUCCGCCAGUCCCUACUCCGCCAACAGAGCCAAUGUGCCCCAGAAUACGGCGCGUUUGUUGAAUGCCUCGCUGGUGGACGGCGUCAUCUAUUGCAAGGUGCAGCGGGAACCGCUCACUGUGGUCCGUGGACGCAGUUUUGAUUUGAGAAAUGGUGUCUAUCAUCUGCUCGUCGCCUCGGGCAGCAGUUUGAAAGAGGCGAGCGUUGGCUAUCAUGACAUUGGUCGCCUGCCAUCCGCUAAUGCCAUCAAUCUGGCGGUCGUCCAGGAUCUGAGCGGUUCCACUCAGCUGCUGGUGCGUCUGCAUGGCGCCUUCAUGAUUGCCGCCUGGAUCGGCACCACCUCGCUGGGUAUCAUCUUUGCGCGCUACUUCAAGCAGACGUGGGUGGGCAGUCAGACGUGCGGCAAGGAUCAGUGGUUUGCCUGGCAUCGCAUGUUUAUGGUCACCACUUGGUCCCUAACCGUGGCCGCCUACAUUAUCAUCUGGGUAGAGCUGAAGCGCGCCGUGUGGCAUGCCCACUCCAUAACGGGCCUGAUCACGGUCAUACUCUGCUUCCUGCAGCCCAUUGGUGCACUCUUCCGCCCAGGACCCAAUGACAAGAUGCGUCCGUAUUUCAACUGGGGCCACUGGCUGGGCGGCAAUCUGGCGCACAUACUUGCCAUUGUGGCCAUUUUCUUCUCGGUGAAAUUGCCCAAGGCAGAGCUGCCUGAAUGGAUGGACUGGAUCCUAGUGGGCUUUGUGGUCUUUCAUGUGCUGGUUCACCUGAUAUUCUCCAUCUAUUUGUGCAUUAAUCAUUGGCAGGUGUCAGGCAUCGCCUCGGAUCGCCAGCAGAGCCAGCGCAUCAAUACGUUCCAAAUGGGCGAUAUGACCCAUCAUCAUCAGCAUGCCAUGCGCAACGGCAUGAGCAUGGAGCGCAAAAUGGAUGCACCUUAUGGGGGACUGCGCAAGGGUCUGUUGGGCGUCUAUAGCGUUGUCCUGGCGCUGUUCGCUGUGGUGCUGAUUCUGCUCGUGGUGCUGGCGCCCAUUGAGAAGGUUUUUGGAUAGGCGCCUAGAUUUAAGGAGAAUUAUUUUAACAAUCUCUCGACAGCUACACUGUACAGUCAAUACUCCUCGGCUGCAUCAACAGCAACAAUCUUGUGCUCAAUUGUUUUUGUUUUUGUGUAAUACCCGUUCCCCUUUCCCGUUUUAUGUUGUUAUGUGUAAAAUGUGUAAAUUAAGCGCAAAGUGUAACCUGUGGCGAAGCGUUUCAGUACAUGUUAUAUAAUUUAUUAUUGAUAAAGUAAAACAAGCCAACUUAAA